UAGAUAUAGACCUCCUCAUAACUCCAUUCUAGAGCCUAUUGUUUCUCUCCUCUUUUUCUUGCAGCCAAAGCCAUCUCCAUUCUCAUUUUCUAUUUUCAUUCAAAAUCUGAUGUUCAUCUUCUGCUGAUAUAUAUAUAUAUAUAUAGAUAUAUAGAGAGAAAAAGAUGAGUUGCAAUGGAUGUCGAGUUCUUCGGAAGGGAUGCAGCGAGACCUGUAUUCUCCGUCCGUGUUUGCAGUGGAUUGAGACUCCCGAAGCUCAAGGUCACGCCACCGUCUUCGUCGCCAAGUUCUUCGGCCGCGCCGGCCUCAUGUCCUUCAUUUCCGCCGUGCCUGAACACCGACGGCCUGCUCUGUUUCAGUCGCUUCUGUUUGAAGCGUGCGGCCGGACGGUGAAUCCGGUGAACGGCGCCGUCGGACUCCUCUGGACCGGCAACUGGCACGUGUGCCAGGCGGCGGUGGAGACCGUCCUCCGCGGUGGUGUUCUGCGGCCGAUUCCAGAGCUCCUCGGCGGCGGCGGCGGAGGUGGAGGUUCGUUUCCGUCCGAAUCCGGCGACAACGCGUAUUCCGACGCGUUUAAGCUUCAAGAUCUGACUCCGACCUCGCGAUCGAAGGCGCCGAAACGGAGACGCUCCGACGACGUCUCGAAUUUGCAGUUCUCCGAUCUCGAUCUCAGUCUGACGGCUGGUUUUCCGGCCAAACUGUUGACGGAGAAGACUCGACCGGGGACGCCGUCGAUGAAUUCGGAAGAAUCUGUGACGACAACGGCGUGUUUGGAUAGUGGUUUAGCAGAUCAAGGUGGAGAACCAAAGCUUCUGAGCUUCUUCUAGUUUCUUUUUUGGUGUAGUUUCGUUAAUUAGUUUCCCCGGAAUAUUGAAAUCCGGUGAGUUCUUGUAUUUCACGGGCACAAGAUUUUCCUGUUUACCAAACAGGGGAAAAUGAAAGUUUGCCGGUGAGACCCUCGUUUUUGUGUCUUGUAAUGGUUAAUGUGUAUGGGAAGUGAAUAAAUCUUUUAUUCCUUUUAUUUA